GUAGUGGUUUAUCUCUUCAUUUUAUAUUGUGAAAUUUAAGCUUAUAGCUACAAUCAAAAGCCAUGCAUACUGAAAAGCUUUGGUUCAUUAGUUGUGGGUGUAGUACUGACUACUGAGCCUGUUUCCUCUUCUCCCACGCCCUUACCCAACCCUUCCCAACAUCAACCGCCCCAAAGAAAAGCUAGCUCUCUUCUGUCUCAUAGGGAUCAGGCCUUGUUACAGUAGUGGGCAGCAAAUUAUGGGAAUCUUUGUUGGACCAGAGGUUUCCUUCAAAGUAAUGUCUAUGGCAGGCAAGGAACAUGGAUUAAUUUUAUAAAGUCCGCACUACUCAGGAGCAUAUCAUAUGAGUUUAAUUAGAAGCCAAAACAAAGAUGAAGUUUAUGAAACUAGGGACUAGGCCCGAUACUUUCUACACAGAAGAGGCUACCAGAUCUGUGUCUUCAGAUGUGCCUAGUGACCUCAUCAUACAAAUUAACAACAUAAAAUAUCUGCUUCAUAAGUUUCCACUUCUUCCAAAGUGCGGCCUCUUACAACGACUCUGUUCUGAUGCUGGAAACCAUAGUGAGAUACCGGUAGUAGGACUCCAUGAUGCUCCUGGAGGAGAAGCAGCUUUUGAGCUUUGUGCAAAGUUCUGCUAUGGAAUUACCAUUAGUCUCAGUGCUCACAACAUUGUGCCCGCUUUGUGUGCUGCAAAGUUUCUUAGGAUGAGUGAAUCUGUUGAGAAGGGAAAUUUUGUCAUGAAACUUGAAACCUUCUUCAACUCGUGCAUACUCGAAGGUUGGAAAGAUUCGAUUGUCACUCUACAAACCACAGCAGAGCUACCAGAGUGGUCUGAAAAUCUUGGAAUCGUCAGGCGGUGCAUGGACUCAAUUGUGGAGAGAAUUCUCACACACCCAUCCAAGGUCACAUGGUCCUUCACUUACACUAGGCCAGGAUACACAGAAAAGCGCCACCAUUCCGUCCCCAAGGAUUGGUGGACAGAGGAUAUAUCCAAUCUCGACAUAAACCUUUUUAGAUGUAUAAUCACUGCCAUCGGGUCAACAAAGAUGCUACCACCGCAGCUGAUUGGGGAAGCAUUGCAUGUUUAUGCAUGUAGAUGGCUACCAGAAACAGCACAGCGCAGGAUCACAGAGUGUUCAGUGUUUCCAACUGAACAAACCAAGGAGAAACAUCAACAGGUUCUUGAGAUCAUUGUGAGUAUGAUUCCUAGUGACAGGGGAUCAGUUUCUAUUGGGUUCUUGUUGAGACUACUCAGCGAGGCAAACUUUCUUGGGGUGUCCCAUUCGACUAAGGCUGAGCUCAUAAAGAGAGCAGGCAGACAACUAGAGGAAACAACAGUGAGAGACUUGCUCUUUCCUUCACACUCUUCUACAGAUCGACACUUUUAUGAUAUUGACUUAGUGGGGGCAGUUCUAGAAAGUUUCCUGGUUCAAUGGCGAAGACAGGCCUCCCCAGAUGACAGCGAGUCUGUAAGAGUGAUAAGGAAAGUGGCACAGCUUGUUGAUUCAUAUCUCCAAGUUGUGGCGAGGGAUGUCAACAUGCCUUCGUUGAAGAUAGUAACUCUUGCAGAAUCCUUGCCAGGAAUUGCCCGGACAGAACACGAUGAUCUUUACAAGGCAAUCAACAUCUAUCUCAAGGAGCACCCAGAUUUAAGCAAAGCAGAGAAGAAGCGCCUUUGUCGAAUCCUAGACUGCAAGAAAUUAUCUCCAGAGGUAUGCGCACAUGCCGUAAGGAAUGAGCGUCUUCCUUUGAGAACAGUAGUACAAGUCCUUUUCUUCGAUCAGGAGAGAGGUGCCAGGUCAAAUACUCGCAAGCCCCCACAAAAUGAGAUCAUUCAUGGAGGUGGACAUCAGAUACCAGGUGCUGGAGGCGAGAGCUACAAAGGUGUAGAGAGUGCAGGGAAAGUUACAGUUCAAAAUAUAUCUGAAAAAAAAGUGAAAACAGAUGCAAAACAAGCAAUGGAGUUGGAAAAAAGAGUAGUCAAGAAGGAAGUUGGACAGGAUAUUAAGGAGGAAGGAGUUUCUGGAAGCAAGAUGGGGUCUAAGAUAAUAGAAAGGAAAAGCAAGUAACACCAUAGCCAUAGCCAUAAUAAAGGAGCCGACAGAGAAGAUCUUCCGGCUGUGUAUGUAAUCUGCAUCUCCUUUUGGAGAUGCUAAUCUGCCUCAUAAGGAGCCGACAGAUAAGACCUUAUGAGGUGGCUACAAAGGUGUAUGUAAUCUGCCUCAUAAGGAUACAUAUCUUGCGGAGCUCGCUGCUGCCCAUAUUUCUUUUGUUCUCUGUAGCUUUCAUAAUGACCUUAUCCAAUCCAUAGAAAACUAGCAACGCAGAAAUAACUUGCAAUCCGAGAUUCAGUGUUAAAUAAGGUUCAUUACUGUAAUUCACAUUUAAUUGUUUAAUUGAUUACUUGGCUUAUCUAUGAUUGUUAGAUCA